ACGUCCCAGCCUUUCAAAAAACUGCAAACCAAAAAAGGGAUAAAGAAGAAAGACAGUCCAGUCAUUACAUUACAAUUCUUGACAAACUCACAUCCAAUUUCUCACACACCGCCGAUGAUUCUCGUACUGCCUCCAUGCCCAUUUCCCGCCAAUUCCAACUUCACUCUCCGCCGCCGCCUCCUCCUCCUCCCGCCGUCCCACCGCAGGAUCAAAGUUCUUCCGCCGCCGUCCGCCGCUGUACGCGAAGUGGAUGCGUUCACGGAGUACUCAGGGUACCUCUUCGAGCUCAGCACUUCGGAGGUGGAGACUCUGACCGAGUACGACAUCUCCAAGAUCGCCUCCAUUUAUCGGAACAAGCCUCUUGUCGUUGUUCGCCGCGUCGUCCAAGUCGGCGCUACUCUAGGGAAAUGGUUUGCGCUGCGAUACCUUGAUAGCGUCAACGAGCGCUCCGAGCAAAUGUUCGAGGUUAGAGCUGCGGAGUUGAGGAAAAUAUUAGUUCAACUUGGUCCAGCAUACAUCAAAAUUGCUCAGGCCAUCUCAUCUAGAGCUGAUUUGAUACCACCUUCAUAUCUGGAUGAGCUUUCACUGUUGCAAGAUCAAAUAUCGCCAUUUUCAACUGAAGUUGCUUUUAAUACAAUUGAACAAGAACUGGGAUUACCAAUAGAUGAACUUUUCUCUGAAAUCUCACCAGAGCCAGUGGCAGCAGCAUCUCUCGGGCAGGUCUAUCAAGCUAGGCUUCGCCCUAGUGGACAGGUUGUUGCUGUCAAAGUCCAGAGGCCUGGAGUUCAAGCUGCCAUUUCCUUAGACAUAUUAAUCUUGCGUUUUCUUGCGGGGUUGGUUAGGAGAGCAGGAAAAUUCAACACCGAUCUCCAGGCAGUUGUUGAUGAAUGGGCGUCAAGUCUAUUUCGGGAGAUGGACUACAAGAAAGAAGCAUUGAAUGGACUCAAGUUUAGGGAGCUAUAUGGUGGUCUGCGAGAUGUUUUUGUUCCAGAAAUGUAUGUGGCACAAACAACUCGUAGGGUCCUCACUAUGCAAUGGGUGGAGGGGAAAAAGUUGUCAGAAGUGAAGGAUAUUUAUUUAGUUGAGGUAGGGGUAUACUGCUCAUUUAAUCAACUUCUCGAAUGUGGGUUCUAUCAUGCUGAUCCACACCCGGGAAACCUUUUUCAAAGCAGUGAUGGAAAAUUAGCCUAUUUAGAUUUUGGUAUGAUGGGUGAAUUCAAACAAGAACUUCGUGACGGUUUUAUUGAAGCUUGUCUCCAUCUUGUAAAUCGUGAUUAUGAUGCCUUGGCCACGGACUUUGUCACUCUUGGGCUUCUUCCACCAACGGCAGACAAGGAUGCUGUUACAAAGGCAUUAACAGGAGUGUUCAAAAAUGCUGUUGCCAAAGGUGUCCGCAAUAUAAGCUUUGGAGAUCUCCUAGGAAAUUUGGGAACCACCAUGUACAAGUUCAAAUUCCAAAUACCUUCAUAUUUUUCUCUUGUUAUUCGAAGCCUUGCUGUUUUGGAAGGCAUUGCCAUCAGCUUUGACCCAAAUUACAAAGUUUUGGGUAGUACAUACCCGUGGAUUGCCAGAAAAGUGCUAACUGACAGUUCACCCAAGCUGAAGGCUUCUUUACAAGCUCUCCUUUAUAAGGAUGGUGUGUUCAGGAUAGAUCGUUUAGAGUCUCUGCUUACAGAGUCUCUUCGUGCCAGAACAGAGAAGAAGCAAGUAGAAGAUAGUGAUUCCAGGAUGAUGGUCAAGCAAAUCCUUUCUUUCACAUUAACUGAGAAGGGUGCAUUUGUAAGAGAAAUACUUCUUCAAGAAUUUGCUAAGGGUUUGGAUGCACUUGGCCUAGCAACUGUGGAUUGUAUAACGUCUGCAGCAACUGCAGGCCUACCAUUUGCUGCUUCCCUAUCUUCCUCUUCAAUGACGGAGGAGGAUAUCACGAACUUGAGAACAUUCCAAAGGCUUGUGCUAUUGUUGUCAGGGGUUCCAAAGAAUGAAAGCUCUAACACGGGAGUUGAGGAAGCCAAUCCAUACAAGAGUCAGAGAAGGAACUCUGGGGAAGAAGCGUCACUAGUCCUUUACCAAUUUGCAUCUGUUCAGGAAAUACUACCUCUUCUUUCUGUUAUACUCGAGCUCCCAGCAGAUUUACAGCAGCAGGUACUUCGUUUGCCGGUUGAUCUGACCGGAAAGUUGAUGUCUCGUGUUGCUGCGAGGACAAUCCGGAGGGCUUUUUUAUGAGAUCGGUCUAACAUUUGUUACACUAAGAAAAUCUUAAAUAAAUAAAUAGCUCAAAGAGUACGUAUGCUUUUUAUUUUUUUAUUUUUAAUUUUAUUUUUUAAUACCCUUUGGUUACUUGGUGCAUUCAGAAUUUAUAUCCAAAAAAAAAAAAAAAAACCAGAGAUUAGAACCACUAUUUUUCUUUUUCUUUUUCUUUUUCUUUUUCUUUUUUGGUUGGGUUGGGGGUUUAAUGCAUAUAAAAACUUCAUUUGGAUAGUAUUGGCAAAUAUUUGUAAUAUUGUUUUGUAGCUUUUUCUUCAAUGUCUUUCAGUAGCAACAUUUGUAUCUGCAAAACUUCACAAUGAACAUUGUUUAGAAUAAAUGAAAUUUUUUUGGAACA